UGUUGAUAACAUAUCAGAGCUCCUGUAAGAGUCGAGCCCACUCUGUCUGUUCCUACAGUCCGUCACAAGGAGUUACGCUGACCUCGUUUGUGCUAUAAUUCGCGCCUUCGACGGAGAGAAAACUUGACUGCGACAAAACAGUUUAGUGGAUAUGUAAGAAGAAGAAUAGCAGCUUUUCAAUCACAGCAACUAAUACUAGUAGCUGAUUGAUAUAAUCAGACCUGUGACACCAACCUCUAUAACUGUCUCCUCAUACUGCAGAGCAUUUAGCAAGGUGGGCAAACCUUUCAGCAGAAAAGUGACAGAUCGACAAAAGAAGAAGAAAAGACAGAAGAUUUUGUGGUUUGAAAACACUUUGUCGUCCUCCUGAAGAACUAUGGAACUGUCACUGGCUCACCCAGCUAUCAAAGCCUUCAUGUGUGGCUCCCUCAGUGGGACCUGCUCCACGCUGCUCUUCCAGCCUCUCGACCUGGUCAAGACUCGUCUGCAGACACUGCAGAGCGGCGUGCAGCCUGGUUCGGGCAGAGUGGGGAUGACCGCAGUGCUGCUGAGCGUGGUGCGGACAGAGAGGCUGCUGGGACUCUGGAAAGGAAUUUCACCGUCCUUUGCUCGGACCAUCCCGGGGGUGGGGCUCUACUUCAGCACCUACUACUCUCUGAAGCAGCACUUCUUCCAGGAGCGCAGCCCCAGGGCCCUAGAGGCCGUGCUGCUGGGGGGCGGGGCUCGGACAGUGGCGGGUGUCUUCAUGCUGCCCAUCACUGUCAUCAAGACACGCUAUGAAUGUGGCAGGUACAGUUAUGUGAGUGUGGCCGGGGCGCUGCGCAGCGUUCUCCAGACUGAAGGUCCUGGAGCUCUGUUCUCCGGCCUGAUGGCCACUCUCCUCAGAGAUGUUCCUUUCUCUGGUAUCUACGUCAUGUUCUACAGCCAGACCAAGGCCGCGCUGCCAAAAGAAAUCAGCACCUCUGCUUCCGCUCCACUGGCUAACUUCGGCUGUGGGAUUCUGGCGGGCGUCCUGGCGUCCCUCAUCACUCAGCCUGCUGAUGUGGUCAAAACACAAGUCCAAGUGAAUCCACAGCUGAGGACAGCGGAGGCUAUCAGAUACAUCUACAUGGAGCACAGACUGCAGGGCUUCUUCAGGGGGGCUGUACCACGGGCUCUGAGGAGGACCAUGAUGGCUGCCAUGGCGUGGACAGUGUAUGAGCAGAUGAUGGCCCAGUUUGGACUGAAGUCGUGAAGGGGAAAGUUGAUGAGAAACAUGGUAAAGAAGGAAAACAAAAGUCAAGUCACAGAGGGCAGAGAGUGAUGUGAACAGAGAGAAGGGCCACGCAGAGAUGAGAUGAAGAGUUCAACUCUUUGAAUGAGUUAAAAUAUGCCACCGGAACAGACUGGUGCCGACUGGUGAAUGAAGACGGUGUAAACUUGUUAUCUGAAUGAUUAACACCACAUUACGUCACACAUGUGGAGACUUUGCUCCAGGAAUUUGCUGGCUGGCUUAUGGCUGUGGUGCCAGAUUGUGGUCUUCGUAACUGUGAGAAAAUGUCUCGAAAUAACAGGAAUUAUAUGAUUUUAUAUAUUGCACAUCAAGUUGUGAAAAACUUCUUAUCCUUAGCGAGUAUUCGGACAUGGUGAAAGUUCCCUUGUCUGUGUUUUUUCCAAGUUGUGAUCUGUAUAAGACUGCAGUUAUGCAAUCAAUGGUUAGUUAAGACGGUGUCCCAGAUCCAGCUUCUGUUAUGCACUUUAACCCCUGAGUUUCUAUCUCAUGUACAGUUUUAAAUCUGAAGAGGCUCUGAAAUGCAUUUGCAAUAACACAGUGUUAUUUAUAUUCUAUUUUACAUUUUUUAAAACAAAAUAAUAUGUGCUUGUUAUAUUUACUUAGUGCUUUCAUCUGCCUUAAAAUGUAAUAUUGUUCUUGAUAUGUGUUGAAGUGUUCUUUUAUGCCAAGAUGUUUAUCAUUCCUCUAUCUUUUUAUGGGUUUUAUGAAUAAAAUGCUGU